AGGGGUUGUUUGCAGAGGUCAGUGUUUAAGUGAGGAUCUCCGCGGUGCUGCCAGGCUAAAACUCACACCGCUGAUGAAGCUCCACCCCUCCGCCGGUGCCAGUGCUCUUCUGUGAGGAGUGAGGCUCUGUUGCCGUGGACACGAGUCAUGCCCGCCCCUCUCACGCGACUCCUCUUUGCUGCCAUCUGGUGGGCGAGUGCGUGCACAUGCACGAGCGCCUCUGCGCUGCCAACAAACAGCACCUUCCUGUUGAGUCUGCCGGAGGCGGCGGUGUUUGGACUGGGCGCCGACUCCGAGCGAAAGGGAACGCCGCAGGCCGGUCCAGGCGUAGAGAACGGCACGUGCGCUGACCGCGGCGGCGUCGUGGCGGCCGAGGGAAGUGAUGUCAUUGUGGCGCGCGUGCGGCGCAGGAGGGCCAUCUCCAGCCGUGACUUGGCCGCCCUGCUGGACUACCACAACCGCGUGCGCUCCCAAGUCUCCCCACCCGCAGCCAACAUGGAGAUCAUGGUCUGGGAUGACCGAUUAGCCAGGUCGGCCGAGUCUUGGGCAUCUCGCUGCAUCUGGGAUCACGGGCCUUCCCACGUCAUGAAGCACACCGGCCAGAACCUGUCAAUCAACUCGGGCAGGUAUCGCUCCGUGAUUGACCUGGUGCGCUCCUGGCACGAUGAGAGGCACGCCUUCUCCUACCCCACCGGCUGCAACGGAGCAGUCUGCUCACACUACACACAGAUGGUGUGGGCCAACACCAACAGGAUGGGCUGUGCCAUCCACAAGUGCUACAACAUGUACGUGUUUGGCAGCACCUGGAAAAAAGCUGACUUCUUAGUCUGUAACUACUCCAUAAAGGGGAACUGGGUCGGGGAGGCGCCAUACAAGCGAGGCAAGCCUUGCUCCGCCUGUCCGUCCAGCUACGGGGGCUCGUGCUCCAGGAACCAGUGUUCCGGACGCUCCUCGCGCCGCGUCCAGUCGUCGCGCUCCGCCACCUCGUCACGCUCCUCCUACUCCAGAAUCAAGAAGUUUAAGAGGUGGUACUAGCGGAAGCCAUCGGCGAGCCACACAGCUAGCUCACGGAUUAGCCAGUAUCUUUGGAAUUCAGAGCAAAUAUGUUUUUGUGAAGAAACACCACUUUUGUCCAUUUAAUUGUCAGUAAUAUUAUGGCAUAUUCUAUACUAAAAGAAAAUCAACCAGAGUCCCUUUAACCAGUAUCAUUCGCUCAACAUAAUGGCCCUCUGAUAGACUUUUAUAUCAGUUUUUUAUCUGUUUUUAUUGCUGCACCAUUGUCAUUCUACAAUGACAUUAACUUUGAGUGUGUGUAUGAAAAUACGUAUGUGUGUGUGUGCGCACACAAGUUAGUAUGUUUCUCUUUAAAAACAUACUCUACGGAACGGCACCUUCUUUGGCUUAGAAGGCUGCAUGGUUGUGUUCAGACCGAUGUAAAGUAGUUUGCGGAUGGACUUGAAAAAGUGUUUCUUUGUUUGUGUUGGUGUGUACUUGUGCGCAUGUACUUGAGUUUGUGCGUGUCCAUGAGUACAUGAGUGUGCACAUGUUUAAAGUUGCCCCUAACCUGUUUGCACUGUUUUGGUCUGUUAUUUUUGACUUCAGAGGUGAUUUUGUAAAGAUGUUGUCUCUCUACGAUGAAGCACUUUUAUUUUUGUACAUGAAGGUAAACCAUGUUCUGUAGAGUGUGCUUGUAUAUGUAUGUUAUAUGUAUGUUAUGUUAUGUUUUGUAUUGAUGUGUUGCCAGGCUACUAUCUUUUUAAAAUGUGUGUCUUUUCCAAUUGUCCCUGCCAUGCAGAGAUCAUGCAGCCUCUGUCCACAUCACCAUGCUAAUAAACCCCCU